AGAAGAUGAGCGAUGGCAAUAGAACACAAAGCCGGCAGUGAGGACUUUGACACCGUUUUUGUCGACUCCGUGGAGCUGUCGUCGUCAUACCAUGACCGUAACUGUCGUGUGUUCAAAAUCAUAGUCAUAGGUGACACCAGCGUGGGGAAGACGUGUCUGACUUACAGGUUCUGUGGCGGUUCUUUUCUGAAGAACCCCGAGGCGACCAUUGGCGUUGACUUCAGGGAGAAGACGCUCGAGCUCGACGGGGAGGUCAUCAAGUUGCAGAUAUGGGACACGGCGGGCCAAGAGCGUUUCCGGAAGAGCAUGGUGGACCACUACUAUCGCAGCACCCACGCCGUCAUCUUCGUGUAUGACGUAACCAGUCUGGUCACCUUCCAGAGCCUCCCCGAGUGGAUCGAGGAGUGUGGGCGUCACUCUGUGGGGCCCCUGGUGCCCCGCGUAGUGGUGGGGAACAAAUGCGACCUGAGGGACCGCCGUGAGGUUCCCACAUCGGCGGCCCAGUGCCUCGCGGACACACACAACAUGCCCCUGUUUGAGACCUCUGCCAAGGACCCCACCGAGGAGGAAAAUGUGGAUGCCAUUUUCCUGACUUUGGCCUACAGACUGAAGAGCCACAAACCUCUAAGACUGAAGCAGCCCACUGCUGAGGGUGACGUCAGGUAUCGGUGGAGGCCCAAAAAGCAGGAGGCGGGAACUUGUCAAUGCUGAUAAGCCCCGCCUCCACAACAAUACUAUAUACCUUAAUCAGUCUGCUGUUAGGCACAGGCUGGCAAGUUUGCACUAUAUUUCAAUUGAAAUGCAUGGCCACAUAUACAAGUGUAGCAAAUAUACAGUAUGUUUUUAGAUAUUUUGUCAAAAAAUAUAUACUGUUGGGUGCACUUUAUUUUUUAUUAUGUAAAGAUCUGAUAUGCAGACAUAAAGUAUGCUGCAAAUCGUUAAAAAAUUAUUUUUUUUUACGUUUUUCAAUGUCAUUUCCAUCAAUAUACAUUUUUCAUCCAAACAUAUAGGAUGAUAGCUAUAUUUGUCAAUUACUCACUGUGAUUAAUGGACAAAAAAACCCAAUAACCUUGAAUUACAGACAUUUCUUUGAAAUUCAUCAAAUGCCACAAAGUGACAUGAUGUGGAUUUUCUGUGCAAGUGAUUCUUCUCUUGCAU